CUGAAAGUCUCAAAAAAUCGAUAAAAAUAUGGCCAACACCGCGAGCCCUGUUCCAGUUUCUGCACCCGAUGCGGAGGUAAAUGAAAAUAAAUCCUUAUGCGAGGGAAUAACUAAGCUGAUCCUGUGGCGCAACUGGAGAAAUUCGCUACUUGUAUUUGGCAUACUACAGGCCUUAAUGUAUGAUCUUUUUUCUGAGCCGGCUCUAUUCGUGGUGAGCGUAUGGGCUUUGACUAUCAUGAUCAUAUCGAUGGGGUACCGUCUUUGCGUUCAGUGCCUUCAUUUGAUUAAAAGAACCGAUAUCCAAAAUAAUAGCUAUCCAAAAUAUCUUGACAUAGACCUAAGUAUCUCCCUGGAGCAAUCUAGGGAACUUGGUGUCCUGAUUCAAACCAAAACUGAGGGGUUCCUAAAUAAUCUACGAGAAGUAUUAAUACUAAAGAGCUUUUGGCGAACAUUCAAGUGGUUCGGUAUUCUUCUUUUAAUUAUCAUAUAUGGAAAGAGCAUUAACUUUCUAAUGGUUAGCCAAUUGGGGCUGGUUCUGCUCUUCACAAUCCCUAAAAUGUUUGAGAUAAAAUCACGUUUUGCAAAAUUUAUAAGGCUUCCUAAAUGUAUUAAGCAAUUUCAAAUUACCAAAGUAAGCAAUCCGAAAACCCCGGAUGCAUUGGACAUGGAAUCCUUAAGUGAGGGCAACGAGGAAACUAUGAAGCAAAUCGAAAAGCAAACGGAAGACAUGGAGCUCUCAACCAAGGAAUCACAGGAUGCGGGCGAUGAUCUUAAAACCUUUGAAGCAAAGGAAGAAAUAUGCAGUGAUGAUUUCGAGCGACUUGCCGAUUCCUGGUCAGACGAAGAGAUACUGUCCGAUCAAACAAAUUGAUACCAGAUAAACUU